AUGGCAGAACUCCGAGUUCAUGGCUUGGAUUUCGUUGUCGAAAGUCUGCUGACCGAUGGAGUGCAGAAUGUUGACUCGGCGCUGCUUGUUUCUAUGGUAGUACAAACGAUGUUAAUCAAACUGACGAAGGAAUCGCCGAAACAGAUAAAAGGUCUCGAGAGGAUCUUACGCGUGCGCGCUAUGAACAUUUUUCGCCUACACUGGAAAUCAGACGGCAACUGGAAGAACAUAUGCUCCACAACCGGUCAAUACUCUGCCCUCACACUGACGGGCGUAAACAAGGCUGGCCUUCUUGGAUCACUCUUCUCUGCUAAUAUCGUCACAGCUGAAGACAUCGCCAUUUGCUUGUUCAUGCUACUAGAAGACAUACACUUUGACCGUCUGUGCGCCAUACACGCCCUCCUCUCAUACGCAGACCACAGAUUGUGCGAACCACAAAAUCUGCCAGUAUUACUCAAGCUCAAAGAAAAGUUGCGCGUCGUCGAUCCGUUAACUAACUUGUGUCUGUGGGGUCCCGUACCACAUUCCCAAGCCCUCAUCCAGGUAAGCAUUAGGACUUACUGUAGGUGCAACUAUGUCUCAACAAAUGUUUUGUAG